AUGUAUACAAUGAAUCGCUUGAUUCAUCAAAACUCGGCAUUCAAGAGGAAAUGACCCUUUCGUGCGCAUUUUUCCUAACGAAUUACGUAGUAGAUACAAUUUCCUUUGGUAUGAUAAGUAAUUCGUGCAACUAACGAGCCAUGCAACGAAAUAUACAUAUAUAUAUAAGAUCUCCACGCUAACGAGCUCAACGUUCAGUAAUCGAAAAAGUCAACAACGGUGAAUCUCUCUCCCCAAGAUGAAGACUAUACUGAUUGCUCUCGUGGCUGUUUGCUUCCUGCUCGGUGAAGUAUUCUCAGAAGACAAAUACACGACGAAGUACGACAACGUCGACAUCGAUGUUGUCCUCAACACCGAGAGACUUUUGAACGGGUACGUGAACUGUUUGCUGGAUCAAGGCCCGUGCACCCCCGACGCUGCUGAACUUAAGAAAAAUCUGCCCGAUGCUUUGGAGAACGAGUGUUCACCUUGCAGUGAAAAACAGAAAGAAAUUGCCGAUAAAGUUGUGCAAUUCUUGAUCGAUAAUAAACCAGAAAUAUGGGUUCUUCUCGAAGCAAAAUAUGAUCCAACAGGAGCUUAUAGGCAACAUUAUCUUCAGAAUCGGGUUAAAGAAGAAACUGAUUAAAUUAACCUCGCAAUUCAAUGCCUCUGGAAUCGAUUCUUCGAAAAUGCCACACGAAUGCAUUAACAUUUCCAUAAUGUGGAAAAAAAUAUUGAUCUUGAUAAAAACGAUUUCAUAAAAAUCGUCGAGGUGUUU